AUGUUUCGGGCUCAGUUCAUUGGCAUUCUGUUAACUGUUUGCUCAGCUGCUCAGCAGUUGCAGGUGAAACAGCUGAAAACGCUGCACAAAUGGAGCGAUCUUAGUCUGGGCACGGAUCAAUUAAAGAACCAACUCUUUCUGCCCGUCGACAUUGACAUUGAGUACGGCGAUGAGGGAAGACAUCGCACCUUUCUCACCAUUCCACGGCUCAGUGCUGGAACAGCCUUUACUCUGGCCACAGUGGCCAGCACCGAUAAUGAGGUGCUGGAAAAUCCUCGCCUGGAAGCGUAUCCCAAUCUGGAAUGGCAUCUGCCUUCCAACAACUGUUCCGGCAUAACCUCAGCUAUAAGAACUUAUAUUGAUAAUUGCUGGCGUCUUUGGGUGGUGGACUCGGGUCAGGUGAACUCCGUCCAACUCUGUGCGCCACAUAUCCUUAUAUUUGAUCUGGUCAAGGAUGAGCUGGUGCAGCGCUCUGCAAUUCCUUCGCAUAUGUACACGCCCAGCAUAUCGAUAUUUACCGCCAUGGUAGUCGACCUAUCGGAAAGCGAUGCACCCACUAAAUGUCUGGGCGGCAAGGCAUAUAUUGCCGAUGCCUGGGGCUAUGGAUUAAUCGUCUUCGACGCCCUGACGGGCAAAUCGUGGCGCAUCGAACACGAAUCCAUGCAACCAUCCCUGGGAGUACGAAGAUUUGGCAGCGCCCAUGCGGGCAUUUUUACUGUUAGCUUGAGUCCCAGUAGCGAAUCGG